AUGAUCCUCGAGGAGAGGCCGGACGGCCAGGGCGCCGACGAGGACAGCGCUCGGCUGCAGGCGGCCGGCAGCGUCCGCAAGUGCUGUGACCCCCUGGUGCAGACGCAGCAUGGCCGGCUACAGAGCCACAGGGCCCGGAUCCACCAGCAGAUCAACAAGGAACUGCAGAUGCGGACAGGUGCAGAGAACCUCUACAGAGCCACCAGCAACAACCGGGUCAGAGAGACGGUUGCCCUGGAGCUGAGCUACGUCAACUCCAACCUGCAGCUGCUGAAGGAAGAGCUGGAGGAGCUCGGCAGCAGCGUGGAUGCCUCCCAGCACAACAGUGACGCUGUCGCUGUCCCUAUGGUGCCCCUGGGUCUGAAGGAGACCAAGGAGCUGGACUGGUCCACGCCCCUGAAGGAGCUGAUCUCGGGACACUUUGGAGAGGACGGAGCAUCCUACGAGGCAGAGAUCAGGGAGCUGGAGGGUCUGCGGCAGGCCAUGCGGACCCCCAGCCGGGACGAGGCAGGCCUGCAGCUGCUUACAGCCUACUACAACCAGCUCUGCUUCCUGGACGCCCGCUUCUCUGCCCCCACCAGGAGCCUGGGGCUGUUCUUCCACUGGUACGACUCGCUCACAGGGGUCCCAGCCCAGCAGCGGGUCCUGGCCUUUGAGAAAGGCAGCGUGCUCUUCAACAUCGGCGCCCUCCACACGCAGAUCGGGGCAUGCCAGGACCGCUCCUGUGCAGAGGGCACCCGCCGCGCCACAGAGGCCUUCCAGAGGGCCGCUGGGGCCUUCAGCCUUCUCAGGGAGAACUUCUCCCAGGCGCCGAGCCCGGACAUGAGCGCGGCCUCUCUCUCUGCGCUGGAGCAGCUCAUGAUCGCCCAGGCGCAGGAGUGCGUCUUCGAAGGCCUCUCGCUGCCGGCGCCCGCGGCCCCCCACGACUGCCGGGCUCAGCUGCGCCUGGCUCAGGAGGCCGCCCAGGUGGCAGCCGAGUAUAGGCUCGUGCACCAGACCAUGGCCCAGCCGCCUGUGCGCAACUACCUGCCAGUCUCCUGGACUGCCCUGGUGCAAGUCAAGGCCGAGUACUUCCACGCCCUGGCCCACUACCACGUGGCCAUGGCCCUCUGCGACGGCUCCUUGGUGGCCGAGGGAGAGCUCCCCACGCAUGAGCAGGUCUUCCUCCAGCCUCUGACCCCUGCCAAGGCCCGAUGCCCUGCGCUGCCACAGGAGCUGGAAGAGCGCAGGAGGCUCGGCAAGGCCCACCUGAGGCGCGCCAUCCUGGGGCAGGAGGAGGCGCUGCGGCUGCAUGUGGGGUGCCGCGUCCCACGCACGGUGGACCUGCUGCGGGCUGUGCUGGCCCAGGCGCUGCGGUGCUCACUGGCCAAGUACUCGGAGCUCGACCACGAGGAUGACUUCGUCGAGGCUGCAGAGGCCCUCGACAUCCAGCCGAAGACCCACCAGAAGCCAGAGGUCAGCACGCCCAGCCUGUUCCAGGUGAAGGUGGCCGACAUCUUCCACCGGCUGGGGCCCCUGUCCGUGUUCUCAGCGAAGAACCGGUGGCGGUCGACAGGGCCCGUCCAUGUGACCCCAGGAGAGGGUGGCUUCGGCUUCACGCUUCGGGGAGACUCGCCCGUCCUCGUUGCUGCUGUCGAUCCAGGGGGCCGGGCUGCGGCGGCUGGCCUGAAGGAGGGUGACUACAUUGUGUCUGUGAACGGGCAGCCGUGCAAGUGGUGGAAGCACGCAGAGGUGGUGGCACAGCUGAAGGGCGUGGGCGAGGCGGGCGUGAGCCUGCAGGUGGUGCAGCUGCUGCCUGGCACCCAGCCGCCCAGCAUGGGGGACCGCCGGCCAGCCCUACUGGGCCCAGGGGGGCUUCUGAAGAGCCAAAAGGACUGUGGUUGUGAGACACCAGCACCUGCAAGGGCCAACCCCUGGCCCCUUCUUGGAUGGAGCCGCAAGGCCAAGCAGGGCAAGACUGGAGGCUGUCCCCAGCCCUGCGCCCCCAGGGGGACAGCUGCACCUGCACCUGAGCAGAGCUGCCCUCUGAGCACCCAGGGUCUCAUGGCAGCCCUGCACCUGCUGCACCUGCAGUCAGCUUGUGGGCAAGUGUCUCAGGCCAGCCAGGGGUUCCCCAACCAUCCUUGA